UAUUAAUCUAAAUCGGACUUUAUAAAAUUCAGUGGAUGUUUUUUAAAAAGGCAGAAAUGGGAGAGCCCUAGAAGCCUGAUGGCUAGCAUGCAUGGAACAUGACCUCAGUGUUUACAGUUCAUUUCCAACUGGAGACCACUGAUUAUUGACAGGUUAUAAGCCAUCAAUAUGAACAUUUGGGUUGCCAGGUUAUGGAAAAUCCUCCUCUAGCACUUAGCUUGUCUAAUUAGUUUUUGAGACCUAUGUACUGGCAAACAGUACAGAAGGAGACGUUUGGACUAAAAUCCAUUUAUAAAGUACUUAGUAACAUUUACACCUGCAUACUUUAUGGAUUACUGUAGUACAUUUUAGUAAUGAGUUAUUAACAUUUGUAGGUGACUAACUUUUACUGAUGGUUUAUUAAAAUUUGAGAAACCCAUUAUAAAUGGCUUGGAGACAUUUGAAUCGGCAUUGGACAGCUUAUUAGAUGGUGAGCAAGGUGGCACCCUAUGUUAAUGACGUCCUGACAUUUUUACCUGCAGAGUUUCCACAACCAGGCAAUGCAACACUGACUAACUGUACUAGCUGACUGAGGUUCAUGUCUAAAAUUGGUGGAGUUUAAAGUUGCUCUGUAUAUUUUCACCUCUGUGUCCCUGUGUCUGCAGGGCGAGUGCUCCCAGAGGUGUCACAACAUGUUUGUGGUGGAGUCCAUCUGUGUGGCCUGGUUCACCUUGGAGUUUGCACUGCGAUUUUUCAAUGCUCAGAGCAAACUAGCCUUUGCUCGUGGCCCCCUCAACAUCAUCGAUGCCAUCGCCAUCCUGCCAUACUACGUGUCCCUGGUAGUCAACGUCAGAGAUGAGACACAGGAAGAAGUCAUCAUGGGUGCUGGAAGAGGCUAUCUGGACAAACUGAGUCUGAUCCUGCGCCUGCUGCGGGCCCUGCGGAUCUUGUAUGUCAUGCGGCUGGCUCGCCACUCUCUGGGCCUGCAGACGUUAGGACUGACCAUGCAGCGCAGCAUCAGGGAGUUUGGCUUGCUGUUGUUGUUUGUCUGUGUGGCUGUGACCCUCUUCUCACCUCUGGUCCAUCUAGCGGAGAGCGAACUCGCGCCAUUUGCUGCCACACACCCGCACCACAGCUUCAGCAGCAUUCCAGCAUCUUAUUGGUGGGCCAUCAUCUCUAUGACCACAGUGGGCUACGGCGACAUGGUGCCGCGCAGCAUUCCUGGACAGGUAGUGGCACUGACCAGCAUCCUGAGCGGUAUCCUCAUCAUGGCGUUCCCUGCCACCUCCAUCUUUCACACCUUCUCCCGCUCCUAUCAGGAGCUUAAACAGGAGUAUGAACAGCUGUGGAAGGAGGAGAGAGGUGAGGAAAUAGCUGCUGAGUCAGAAGAGAGUUGGUCCAAGGUUGAUUUGUCACCAGAUGAGUUGAUGCCUGCCGCCAAGCAAGAGGAUGACAGAUUGAUGUCAAGCAAGAGUCAUCAAUCCACACUUCCAUCUACUGCUUUCUAAUGGACCCCAGCAGUCAGACACAUUUACUCAGUAACUGUUAAACAUGGUGGCCCAUUACUGCAUACUCCUAUAUACUGUUCAGACUCCAAAGGACUGUUACUGUAUAAAGCAGACACUAUACUAGACUUCGCAUUUCUAUUAAUUCUGUGUUAUCAGCUCCAACAUCAAUACAUAAAGCUUUCAGCACACUCUAGUACUCAACGGGGUAGAUAAGUACAAAAACGUUGGCAAGAGUACAGUAAAAUAUCAGCAGUGAAAGACAGCAACUACAAGCUCAGAGCAAAAGUCAAACCACAAACAUCUCCUGAAUGUGGUUGUUUCAUGUCACAGAUUGUUGAAUUUUGGAUGUUGGGUGGUCCUUAAAUGCACCAACAAGGAGAGUGGAGAAAACCAAGGGGCAAUAACUUCAACACACACACGUAAGAGAAAUGAUGAUGAAACCUUCACUGUGAUAGAUUAAACAGCACAAGCACAUUUCAUGUCUCUGAAAAAUUGAUUUUACAGUCAUUUUCCAGUAAUCCAAGGCCACUUGGAAAGUAAGAGAGUGAAACAUAUAGUAUGCUGUGAAAAUUCACCAGUAGUGGUGCCUAAGAUGUGUAUUUAAUGGGCUAAAAUGCAAUGCAACCACUUUGGUCUUUUUACGUGCAGACUGAUCUCUUUGUACUUUCAUAUGUCUGUAGCUUCUUAAGUCUCUGUUUGUCAAACAUCCAGGCAUUUUAAAAACUUUUAACCAUAUUUGCUUUGAGUAAGUGAGAUGCUGAGAUAAUGCUGCUUUAUUGUCUGAUUGGUUUCUUCAUUCAAAAUACACAUUAUGCACAUUGUGCUCUACCCAGAGGUUGUAUUACUGUGGCUCCCUACUGCAGCAGCACUACAAAGAAAGAUUGAUUCCAACCUCUAAGAUUUCUGGAUGACACUGCAUGACUGAAAAAGGUUUAUUAAGACUAAUAAAGUGCCAAUUGUCAAAGACAAAUGGGCCAUUAGACGUCACUUCACUGUGUUUCUAAGUGAAAGUUCAUAUGUAAAGCUUGAUUUAUGGUUGUGCGUUGAAUCUACAUAG